CCCUCCUCUCUCUGUUGACUUCUCGCUUAUGUUUGUGAUGAUGACUUUCAGUCGACAGUCAGCAGUGGUUCGUUGAGCCGGUCGGUAAUGUGUGAACAACGCAGCUGAUAAAAAAAAAAUCGUACAAUGAGUCGCCCAAAAUCGGGACGGUAUUGCGUAAUUGGAGCCGGUGCGGCCGGAUUGGCCGCGGCCAAGUCGAUCCUGGAUGUUGGAUGUGACCAGCUGGUGGUGUACGAGCAGACGGACCAGGUCGGCGGAACCUGGGUGUACACGGACACCGUCGGAAGCGAUCACCAUGGGCUAACGAUCCACGGCAGCAUGUACAGCGGACUGUGGACGAAUCUCCCGAAGGAGGUCAUGGGAUUCCCGGGGUACGAGAUGCCAACUCAGCGCAGGUCCUACAUCCACUCGAGUGAAGUGCUCGAGUUUAUGAAGAGCUAUGCGGGAAACUUUUAUGUUGUUGAUUACGUCAAAUUUGAACAUCUGGUGGAGCAGGUCAAACCGGUAGGCGCAGGACAGUGGGAGGUGAUCGUGAAAGAUCUCAAGAACAACGAAUCUACGACGAACACCUUCGACUACGUUCUAGUAUGUAAUGGUCACUACUUCGAUCCAGCCAUCCCAAACUUCCCCGGAAAGAACGUUUUCAAAGGCGCUCAACUGCACAGCCACGAAUACCGCAAGCCGGACAUCUUCCGCGAUCGCUCCGUGCUCAUAGUGGGAUCAGGUCCCAGUGGAAAGGACUUGACGAUCGCCGCAUCCCGCCAAGCUCAAACAGUCUUCUUCAGUCAUCACGUUCAUGAAAAGCUAAAGAACGUCACCUUCCCCCCCAACGUGGUCCACGUUCAGGACAUCGCCAAGCUGCACCAGUCCGAGGUAGAAUUCAUCGACGGAACUCGACACGCGAUCGACCUGAUCCUCUACUGCACCGGCUACCGGUACAGCUUCCCCUUCCUACACCGAGACUGCACGAUCGAAGUCGCCGACAACCGGGUUAACCCCCUCUACAAGCACAUCCUGAACAUCAACCAUCCGACGAUGGCCUUCAUCGGGAUUCCGUACCGCGUCUGCACGACCAUCAUGUUCGACCUGCAGUCUCGCUUCGCGGUCAAAUACUACUCCGGAGGAAAGUCGCUCCCAUCGAGGGAGGAAAUGCUUGCCGAUUUGCAAGCGGAUACCGAGAAUCGUCGAAAGCGAGGGUUGAGCUCGCGACAGGCGCACAUGAUGGGCGGCGAGGUUCAGGCGGUGUACUAUGGGGAUGUGGCCAGGACGGCGGACGUGAAGCCGGUUCCGCCGAUAAUGGCUCGGAUGCAUAUGCACAGUGAGCGCAGGAGGAACGAGGAUUUGCUAAAGUAUCGGAACGAUGUGUUUAGGGUGCUGGAUGAUAACAACUUUGAGGUGGAGUAUGACGAAUCGUUGGAUAAUCGUGGGGAAUAAUGUUGUUGGAAUGUUUUGAUGGAUACAUGGGAACAAAUAAAUGAAAAUGAAACUAUUUUAUUAAAAAGUUA